AGUUUCGAAUUUCUUGUUCCUCAGCUGUACAAAUGGCCUUAAGGCGUAUAUCGAAAGUAAGGACAUGUCCAAUAUUUUUGUGCAGCAGAAUCGCUUUAUUUAGGAGCUAAAGGACUUACGUCUUGAUCCUCCAACCCAGUGUUCAGCUGGACCUAUUAAAGAUGAUCGUAAGUCAAUAUAUGUUGUAUUAGUUUACAUUUAGUGUUUGCCUGGCAAGCCACUAUUAUGGGACCUGCCGAUAGUCCAUAUGAAGGUGGGAUAUUCUUCCUGGAAAUACAGUUUCCCACAGACUACCCUUUCAAACCCCCUAAGAUCAGUUUCAUGACGAAAAUAUAUCAUCCGAAUAUAAACCUCAGCGGUCAUAUAUGUUUAGAUAUCCUCCGUGGACAAUGGUCACCAGCCCUCACAAUAUCGAAAGUUCUACUCUCAAUUUGCUCACUAUUGACGGACCCCAAUCCAGAUGAUCCUCUAUGCCCAGAUGUCGCACGUCAGUACAAAACAGAUCGUAAGAAAUAUGAUGAGUUAGCUCGAGAGUGGACACAGAAAUAUGCUAUGGGACCUUAAUGCAGUCAAUACACAAAACAUUUCGAUAGACAUAUUUUCUCCUUUCUUCUUGUACUCAUUGAUGACGUACGUGUUACAUUUAAAGUCGGUUGAUUUUUUUCAGCCCUCGAUUAACCUUACUUUCUUAUUCUAUUCUUACUGGUUUGUCAGUUGUGCGUUUGUGAAAAUGCUCUUAAGGUUGUCACGAGUAUUUCUUCUUUUUUCGAACAAGACUUGUGCCGUGUUUAGUGACAGUUGGCGGUACAGGUUGGUUCAUUCAGACGUUUUCAUUUGUUUAAAUAUUUAAUUGUAUCAAUUCACUUUACGAGAAAUUCAUUACUUGGGCAAUUGCUGCUCGUGAUACUCAUCAUCUAAUCUUCUCAGAAUUUAGUAAUCUGUUUAUAUUUGACCAAAGCUAUUAAAACUUGUGUUUAUUCAAGAGAUUGCUUUAAGGAAAAGUCUGAUUUCAUGUUGGGAAGAAGAUUGCAUCAAUGAGAGUAUCGGAUUUUACGGCAGUCUAAUCUUGUUUUCCAGUAGUCUGUUUACUCUUGUUAAGGAGUGUAUUUUCGUUAGCAUAAUACGCUUAUUAGUUUGUAUGAGAUUUUUAGUGACGAUCCUAAGCAUAGUUCUGUAGUUAAUUCAUAUAACUACUGUUAAUUCAUCCGUUUUAACAUAGUCCCUGUAUGACUUCCGUUGGCUGACGAGAUUAACGCCUCUGGAUUUGCUUCAUAGUACUGGAUCAUGAACAGAAUAAUUACUUAUCUUUCAACCUUUCUGAAUUUCGUAUUAUGAAUUAGAAUUCGUUCCAAUCUAUGCAGUUAUGUAGAAGUGUUGGUAGAAAAUGUUACACUGUUAUUAACCAGCGUUCCACGAGCAACUAUUUAGUCAAUAUCAAAUCUCCAUUUAUUACCUAGAGCCUUCUUUUGAUUGCCUAUUGGUUACUUUGAUGACCCUAUUACUCUUAUGAUCGUGUUGUACUCGAUAAGAAAAUGCUUUGGAUCACAUGAUUAACGAGAAUGUUUUUAUCAUGGAACCUAUGUGAAAAGAAAGCUGAAGCCUGUAGUUUAUUUUACUAUAUGGACAGUUGUUCGUUAAUCAAUAAGGUAAUUGGUAAUAUUUGAUACUGACUGCAAAGCUUAUUUCCAGUAGUGGUUGAGAGUAUUUACAGUUCGUAUCUUAAUCUUCAUGAACGAUAAUGUUGCUUAUGUGUCGUCCCUUCGUCUUCGAUCGUUUAUUCAUUAGUACACUGAAAGGUACAGAAAAUCACAACUCUUAUAAUUUGUCAGUAAUUUGUAUGCCAAGUAGUUUCUGGCUAGUGAUACUGGGUCCUUGCCAUGGUAAUCGAUGACGCUUCACUAUCUCAUUAAGCGAUUUGUAACAUUUGACUAGUAUCCUAUGCUUAACAUUGAAACAAGCAAUACAUACAGGAAACCUAUGGUCAAAAUUAUGUAACUUACGCUGUCACUGAAGUAUGUGGUGUAUUUUCAAAUCAUGUUGUUGGUGCACAGAAAAGUGUGAUGAGAUGAUUCUACCACAUCCUGACACUUGUUAAAGCCUCUUCCGAAUCUGAAUGAACAGUGUUUUGGAUUCGAACAAAACAGUCAGUCUAUUUUCCGAACUUCGGUAGCGUAAAGUAAGAAGACAGUUUGAUCCGACAAUGAAUAUUAUUUAUUUGCCCAAUUCAAUCUUAAUAAUAAUCUGGCCAUAUUUAUUUACAAUUGAUCACCGGGUAGUGAUCAGUGUUAUGUGAGUCAAGUCUUUGUUAGUGCUGGUUAAAUGUGGUCACUAGUGUAAGUGAUUCGACGUUGUGUGCACUAUGUUAAAACAAGAUGGUGUUUAGAGGUAGUCGUCAGUGGACGCUAUACCUAGGUUCUAUGAUGCCUGGUACUCUUCAAUAAGGUGUAAUUUUAGCGUUGAAGAAAGUCACCGGCAGUUCGAAUAACGUGAUACUAACGUCCUUGAUUGUGAAUUUGGUUGUAACUCGUGACCGGAUGUGUUAGGGAGCAUCAGUCCCUUCAAGAUUACAGUCACACCUUGUUCGAGAGUGUGAGAUAUCACUGGACUUAGGUCAAGCUGGGGAUCCUGCCGACUGCUUUCGGCUGCCACCUUAAAUGAUGAUGCGUAUAUUUGUCAUUCAUAUAUGGAAGCUAACGAAGGGUGAGUAAUUGUAAUGUGCUGUCAUUGUGAACAACGGAGAGAGAGAGAGCGCGUUGUAUGAUGUCGAUAAAAUAAGUUUUUAUAUCAUUCUAAGCAUUGAAGUUGAUUUACCAGGCUAUGGGAUGCAAGUUUAGGACAAAUUAUUUUUGUACUCAUUGUCUUAUAAUCCACUCAUCCUUCGAUUUGCAUUUAUCUUUUAAUCGGUUGACAUUCAUUGUUUCUUCUCUCUGUGUAUGUGUAAAUGCCUUGAGUAUGUAUGUGAUCUUUGAUGGAAAUGUCUACUGUACAUAUAUAUAACACCAGGUUUUCACUGUGAACUGUCUUUUUAAUAGUAUUAGAAGUGGGAAUUUGUGCUUACUGUCUGAUAAUCCCAAUGGAUUAUUAUAUUAAAACUGUAAGCAUUUAAUUUCUAGAUUUAAUUGUAUUUUGAGGAUUUCAGAGUACUGGUGAUCAAACUGUACAGACUAUUGUUAAUUCAUUGUCUAUAAACUAUAAUUUAUUUUGAACUUUACUCGAGUGGACAAUAUUGAGGCGAGUUUCUGAAUAAUGAGUAAAUCUGGAAAUUGGUUAACGAUGUUGGUGCUGUAGUGAAGCUUAAUUGAUCACGUUGUAUGAAAUAUGUAUCAUGUAACCGAGCAUCCUUUCACCUCACAUUUAGAUGUGGGUGUUUUUGAAGAAUGCUAGGUGUGUGUAGAUUCAAAUGUGGUAUCAUUCCAUGAAUUCACUGAGUGUUGGACUGAGUUUAACGUGUGGGUGUAGAUUACUUGAUUAAGGUUCGAGUGGUUAUCGUGACCAGCGAUUAGAAUUGUUGAAUGACAUAACUGAGAAUCGACCGCAAUGAUUCAUGUAGGUGGAUUGACAGUUCGCUUACCCAUUGGAUUUGCAAACUAUUUUAUGCUGCAAUUUUAUUCCUUCUACUCGAGUCAUAACGUCCAUGUCUAGUGUUUCGUACUCUCACUGAUACUGUUAUCACUUUCUUGUUUGUCUUUAUAAUUUUACGGUCUUCUCGUAUAUGCUGUGGGGACUCUUUCUUCCUGUACUUUGUCCUUAUAUGGAAUCUUUUAUAUAUUACGACCACUGAAUUAACUACGUUUAUGAUUUUAUUGUUCUUCUGGUUGUGCUAAUAUGGUAUGGUAACUUGGACCGAUGCACAUGUGUGCUUGGUCCUACGCUGUAGCUGACUAACUGGAGAUUCGGAUUGAUAAUCGCAUGUUUCUUUCUACUGAUUUCCAACUGUUAUUUGUAUGACAUUUUAGCAUUUUUCAUGAGAUUAUUUUAUCAAAUUUUCAUACAUGUGUUCACUCCAUAGUAUUUUUUGUAUACCAAUUGUAUCUUCUUGCUGAUCAAAUUCCUGCCGUUAUAUUGUGUUGUGUACUCUAGUUCGCUGUGUCAUUAAUAUUUACUUGUAAUUAUGAAGGACAUGAUGCUCUUUGACUAAUUUUAUUUCUUGUCACCACGAUCUUUACAUUUAAAGAUGUUAACAUUGGGUCCUUCUGACCAAGAGUAACCUUCUGUAAUACUAAUUCCCAGUUCCAAUUGAUUGUUUAUUGAGUACUGAUUCAUUUAUUCCUAAUUUGUUAGGUUAAUACUACAAAUGUAAGCAUAGUUAUUUUGAUUGCCUCAUUGACUAACUGAUAAUACAUUUCACUUAUAAUAUCAACAUAUUAGAACGUCACUUUAAAGAGGGAGUUUAUUUAGUCACUUAUGUUAGAAUGGUUGUAUGUUGUUUCUUUUUUCUCCCAAGAUUUGGGAAGUAUGCCUCAUUUAUCUCUACUAUCAACAAUAGAUGUUCAUCAAUAUGAUAGAAAAAGUGUUUCACAGUGAAAAAUAUGAUGCUC